GUCACUUCCUGUCCCCGCCGUUUGUUUCCUCGCUGCCGUUGGUUCCGCAAGUAGUCCAACCGUCCGCGCCAGCGUCUCCCGCGCUCACGACCCGCGCGACUUCCUCGGAUCUGUGUUUUUUAAUGUUCCGCAUGUCUCAUCCACCGCACACGACUCCCUCCGUGACCGACGCGAUGGCUCUGUGAAGGCGGUGCGGCGGCGAUAUUUGGCAGCGGCACCACAACGGCAGUGCAACGGCGAAGCGCGCUGGCAGUUUCUGGCAAAAUGGCGUCUCUCUCGGCAACCACCCUCAGCUUUGCUGCCGUCGACAGCAGUACCGAACCCCUCGACCCGCUAACUUCACGGGACUCGUUCCUGUUCACUCGCUCACGGCUACCAUUGACCACCAGCAGCAGCAGCCAUGACACUCUCCCAGUUGGCCUUGGAGGACGUGGAGGCCCUGUACUUAGAACCCUCAUUUCUGAUGGCUGACCCCAUGGGGCCCCUUCUGGACCAAGAUGUUGAAGAAGAAGCUCUUUCUCCCUCCUCCUCCCUAGAGGGGAAGGCACCAGCUUCACCCCCCCUCUCUUUUGCGCCCUACACUUCCUCCCUGUCCCCCUAUCAGACCUUGUCAUCCUCCCCGCCGCCCUCUCCUCCUCCUCCUCCUCCCACCCACAUCUCCUCUUUCCUGGGAACCAAGGCCGGAGUGGCGUCCCACCUCUGGCUGGAUGCCAGCGUCCUGCUCGACGCCCACAUCGGAGCAGACGUUUGCAAAGACGAUGCCUUUGCGGGCAUGGACUGGAUGUCGGAGAAGAUCGACUUGAGUGAAUUCGACCUGGUUUCCCUCAUUGGCUCCUGCUCCUCCGACGAUUCUCCCAGCUCCCCCGAGGACCUCCUGGCCUCGCUCGACGCCCAGAUGGAUCUGGAUCUCGACUCCUACGACUCGGCCGUCCCCACCUCGCCCGAGGGUCUGGAGCUGGGUCUGGAGCUGCCUGGCAUCCCCGUCCUCCCCUUGGAGCUCCCUCUUCCCGAGGCAGCCGAGGAGACAGAGAUGGUUCCUGACCGGGAGGUUGACCUGAAGUCUGAGCCUCCCUCUCCGCCUCCAGCCUCUCCAGCACUCACACCGGAGCUUGGGAGUGAAGUGGAUGUGGCGGACGCAGAUGAAAUGGCCACGAUCAUCCCAGAGCCCAGUGAAAGCAUUCAGGCUACCAGCACCAUUGUGCACUCCCCCGCCAACAACGAUGAGCCAGCCCUUAUCUCUCUCCCUGAGCCCUCCAUUAAAACCUCUCCCCCGUCAAGCGACGCCGAAGAUGACUCAGGAAUCGAUUCACUCGCCGGCUCGCCCCCUCGUCUCCCCUCUCCUCCCCACUCCCCAAUGGCCGGCUCCUCCAGGACAAAGCCCUACUCCAAGCCAGAGGCUUCCUCCCCCUCCGCCAAGGCCCCCAAGGUCAAAUCGGUGUCCGGCGCUCCCAAGGUGGAGAAGAAAAUGAAGAAGAUGGAGCAGAACAAGACGGCGGCCACUCGCUACCGGCAGAAGAAGAGGGUGGAGCAGGACUUGCUGAACACGGAGUGCGAUGAGCUGGAGAAGAGGAACCAGGAGCUGGCGGAGAAGGCGGACGCCAUCAGCCGAGAGAUCCAGUAUCUCAAGGACCUGAUGGAGGAGGUCCGCAAGCACCGGCGCACCAAGAGCAGCAGCCCCGUGGCUGUGGCAGAGUAGUGAUGGGGGAAAGAGAAACGGAAGAGCCCGUGGAGGUUGAGAUUAUUAGUGUAGAGCAGGGGGCUGGUUGAAGCAUCCCUACAUGCUUGUCUCUCAGUCCCCUGUUAGGUCCCCAGCGUACAAACGGGCAGGGUGAAUAUUUGUCUUUGUAGACGAGGCACGUAAAACCGUCAGAGCCGUAGCUCCCGGUAGUGUAGUAGACUUUGACCAGAGAUUCCCUCCCACUCAGAGCAGCAGACGAGAGCCAGACCUCCAGACCUCCAGACCGUAGCUUUAAUAAAAUGACUUCUGUAUUUGCAAAGUGAGACGCCACUCCUCUUUACUUUUUAUUUUUUAUUUUAACCCUGUGUCACCCCGUUAUGAUCUUCUACUUCUUGACAGCUUCAAGUCCAGGAAGGGGCCUCAAGGCCGCUUAUGAUGAUAAACUAUCAACACAGUCCUUUUUGUAUAUAGUGUUCUACUCUUUCGCUUGCCGAUUGUGGUUUUUGUUAUUUAAUGCUGGAUUAAAAACUAAUCAUAUCUCGAGUAGCUCAGUUUCUGUAUUGCAGGUGUUUGGCCUGUAAAAAAAAAAAGAAAAUGCUUUGCUCUUUUUUUUCUAAUAAAUAUCUUCAGCUCUCAA